CUUCCCAGCUCUGUAUCCCAUUCAUUCGGGAACCUGAUGACAACCAAUUCAGAAACUCAGACAGAUUUGAUUUUGCUUCUAAUUGAUGCCAGGCCUGUGUGCAGUGCCGGGAGCACAGUGAUGAAUAAAGCAUUGCCCCUGAGGGUCAGCAGACAAGAACCCAACCAGGUUAUUCUUCUAGGAGACAGAGGUGAUGAGGGAAGGUGGGGAGCUUCAACAGCAUCCUCAGCUUACCCUUCCGGGAGGACCAAAUAAGUGUAUCAGACUGGAAACUCUGGGAGCUCAGAGGAGAGAGUCAUCUUAAUUUUGGAGAUUGGAAGCUGGUGGAGGAGUGCUUCCUAACCACAGUGGGCUGGGCCAAAUCGUAACUGGAGGAGAUGAAGAGGUGGGGCCUUCCUGGCAGAGGAAAGGCUAUUACUGGGUAAUGCAGGGUGUGUUUAGGAAACAGUGAGCUAUCCAGGUGUAGGGUUGCUGUGCAUAUGUGUUUGCAUGUGCACACAUGUGUAUGUACAUACAUGUGUGCCUCGUGUUCUUAGCGGUAUGUUUGUGUAUGCAUGUGUAUUAGCGAACUGUGUGCCCACGAACACAUGCAUGCCGAUUCACAGGUGUGUGUACACAAUACAUGUACGCACAUAUAUGUGUAUGUGCACACGCAUUCGUGUGCCUGUAGUUUCAUGUGCAUGUGGGGCAGGCUAGUGUGUAUAAGUGUGUGUUUCUGAGUCUGUGAAUCUAUUCAUGUGUGUGUACAUGUAUGCUCGUUUGCAUAUCUGUGCUUGUAUGUUUGUAUGUAUGGACAUAUUGGUAUGUGCCUGCAUGUUUGUAAUAUACAUAUUUUGUGCACCUGUGCAUGUAUGCACAUCUAUAUAUUUGCAUGUGUGUGCAUCUGCAUGCAUGCACAAGUAUAUAUGCACAAGUGGGCAUGUGCCUAUAUGCACAUGUGCGUGUGUUGGGGCAUGCACGCACAUGCAAAUGUAUAUGCACAUGUGCUUUGUGUCUUGCAUGUGCACAUCUAUGUGUGAGCAGAUGGACUUAUUUUUGUGUCAGCUCGUGU